UGCUACAACCCCGCUCAAACGUUUCCAUGUCAAGAGCUGUAUAUUUUGUGGGGUGUGGAGUGCUUUCGCAUCGGCAAAUAGAUGUGCGUAAGUGAUGGGGGUAAGUAUCCCCGCAAAGCUUCUGCCGCUCUGCCGCUCUGAUAAAUAUAUAAUAUUGUCAGUCUCGUUGUCUCGAGAACUCUUCAUUGUAUCUACGUUUGUGGCACUCUUCACCCUCCAUUUGUGAGAAUCAUCAUCUCGAGACUUUGUUUACACACAAAGACACCAUGGCCCAACGAAAGGACUUCCACGUUGCUGUUUGCGGCGGGGGUAUCGGAGGCCUUUGCUUGACUAUUGGCCUUCUUCGCCAGAACGUCUCUGUCAAAUUAUACGAAGCGGCUUCAGCAUUCGCAGAAGUCGGUGCCGGCGUCUCUUUCGGGCCAAACACCAUUCGAGCAAUGGAGCUCAUUGACCCGCUAAUCGCCAAAGGGUUUGAAAAUUGUGCAACCACCAAUGGCUGGCCAGAGAAGAAGGAUACGUGGUUUGAUUUCAGGACUGGACAGGAGAAGGGCACACGAGGAGGUGUGGUGGCAGCUGUUAAUACGCAUGUUGCCGAUGUAAAGACGAGGGGGAAAGGAGAGAUAGGGCAGAACAGUACUCACAGAGCGCAUUUUCUGCACGAGCUCGUGAAGCUUAUCCCGGAUGAAGUGCCCGAGUUUGGGAAGAGGCUCAAAAACAUCGAGGAGAAGGGAGACAAGAUGGUAUUGACUUUUGAGGAUGGGACAACUGCAGAAGCAGAUGCUGUUAUUGGAUGUGAUGGUAUCAAAUCACGGACGCGGGAGAUAUUACUGGGCAUAGAUCACGAGGCUGCACAUGCAGUUUUCUCUGGAAAAUACGCAUACAGAGGUCUAAUACCGAUGGAUAUCGCAGUGGAUGCCUUAGGAGAUGAACUGGCAAAGAACUCGCAGAUGUAUAUGGGCGAACAUGGACAUGUAUUGACCUUCCCUAUCGAGAAGGGAAAGACUAUGAAUGUGGUUGCUUUCAGAACUAAGCCCGACGGGAAGUGGGAUGACGAAAAAUGGGUUCUAGCAUCCAAGAAGGAAGACAUGGUAACUGAUUUCGCGGGCUGGGGAGACAAAGUUACAAGCAUUAUAUCUCUUAUGGAGAAGUUCGACGUUUGGGCCUUGUUUGAACACCCACCGGCACCAACAUACUACAAAGACAGGCUAUGUCUUCUUGGAGAUGCAGCCCAUGCUUCGACGCCUCAUCAAGGAGCUGGCGCAGGUCAGGCUAUUGAAGAUGCCUUUAUUUUAUCACACUUAUUUGGUCAAGUCCGCUCUGCGGCUGAUAUUACCCAAGCUUUCAAGGCCUACGAUGCUGUACGAAGGCCGCGAAGCCAACGUGUAGUAACGACAAGUAAAGAGGCCGGUUGUUUAUACGAGAUGGAGGAUGGAGAGGUUGGAAGUGAUCUGGAUAAGGCAAGGGAAAAUUUGCUGGCCCGAUGCAAGUGGAUAUGGGAAAACGAUUUGAACUCACAGUUUAGAGAAGCUCAAGAUGCUAUGAUGAACGGAAGCAAGAUUUAGAUCAAUAAUGAGAACAGGGGAAUCAUUUAUAAGCAAAAUUUAUUGUAAUUCCAUAGCUAUUGUAGAUGUUCUGGCUGGAGAUAAAACAGAAAGAAAUGAGAAGUGGAAUGAAG